AACAGUACAGUGAAGAUGGCUGUUUACUCACAGGUGUUAAAGGGGUUAUUUGUUACCUCAGUGACGUGUAAGGCAAUGCUUAUUAUUGUUUUAUAAUUAAUUUCUAUUGUAUCAUAUUAUUCUUGUAUCAUUUUAUCACGCCUUGCGAAAAUUCUUUUAUAUAUUUUAUAUUUAUAUGGAAAGUUAUUGUAAAUAGUACAGGUAUAUUACAAUGUCGUCCUCUGCAAUUUACAUUUUAGAUGUUAAGGGAAAGGUACUUAUUUCACGGAAUUAUAGAGGCGAUAUAGAUUUGGGUGUAAUCGAAAAGUUUAUGCCUUUACUAAUGGAAAAAGAGGAAGAAGGCCUCCUAACGCCCAUUUUACAAACUCCCGAAUGCACGUUCUCCUACAUAAAAACUAACAACCUAUACAUCGUCAGCACAACUAAGAAAAAUGCCAACAUCGCUCUUGUGUUUGUUUUUCUGCACAAAAUCGUGCAAGUGAUGGCCGAAUAUUUUAAAGAACUCGAAGAAGAGAGUAUAAGAGAUAAUUUUGUUGUGAUCUACGAAUUAUUAGACGAAUUGAUCGAUUUUGGCUAUCCACAAACCACCGACAGUAAAAUUCUGCAAGAAUACAUCACUCAAGAGGGACACAAAUUGGAAAUACAACCGAGAAUACCAAUGGCAGUUACGAAUGCUGUAUCAUGGCGCUCAGAAGGCAUUAAAUAUAGAAAGAAUGAAGUUUUCUUAGACGUGAUCGAAUCGGUUAACUUAUUGGCCAAUGCAAAUGGUAAUGUGUUGCGCAGUGAAAUUGUUGGAGCAAUUAAAAUGAGAGUGUACCUGUCUGGAAUGCCGGAGCUACGUCUUGGAUUGAAUGAUAAAGUUUUAUUUGAAAGUACAGGGAGAGGUAAGUCAAAAUCUGUCGAGCUGGAAGAUGUCAAAUUUCAUCAGUGUGUCCGUCUCUCACGGUUUGAAAAUGAUAGAACUAUUUCUUUCAUUCCGCCCGAUGGUGAAUUUGAGCUGAUGUCGUAUCGACUCAAUACGCAUGUGAAGCCUUUAAUAUGGAUUGAAUCUGUGAUCGAACGGCAUGCACAUAGUCGUGUGGAAUAUAUGAUAAAAGCAAAGUCCCAAUUCAAAAGAAGAUCAACUGCGAAUAAUGUAGAAAUUGUUAUCCCAGUCCCCGGUGAUGCAGAUUCUCCCAAGUUUAAAACAACAAUUGGGAGUGUCAAGUAUGCGCCCGAACAAAAUGCGAUUACUUGGACAAUUAAGUCGUUUCCGGGAGGGAAGGAGUACUUAAUGAGAGCACACUUUGGAUUACCCAGUGUCGAAUGUGAGGACACAGAAGGCAAACCUCCGAUUCAAGUGAAAUUUGAAAUCCCAUACUUUACAACUUCAGGAAUACAAGUUCGGUACUUGAAGAUCAUCGAAAAAAGUGGUUACCAAGCACUUCCUUGGGUACGCUACAUUACGCAAAAUGGGGACUAUCAGCUUCGUACUACUUAAAUGGCAGUAUAACGGUCAUUUAAUUAUAAUUUUGUAAAUGGAUAUAAUUGAAAUAAAACAAUUUCUAUAUUAAA